AUGAAAAUUCUACAAUUAAAUUAAAACGAUAUUAAUAAUUUUGUAAAAUUAAUUAUUUAAGUGUGGUAAUAAUCACAUUUCAUUUUUUUUCAUAAAAAAACUUUCUUAGAAACUUGCUAAUGUUUUGGCAACCAAUAGAUAAUUUUAAUCAACAAUAUUGAUAGGAAAAGAGUCAUAAUAACACAAAAAUUUACGUUUUAAAAAAAAUUAUUCAAAAAAAAUAAUCGUUCUAAUGAGGGUCUUCAUAUAUUGAUUUUUAUAUUUUUAUUGAAAACAUACAACAGAUUUAUGAUCUAAACCAUUUUAUUAAGAGGGUAAACUUGA